AUGGCCACCACCGCCGUUCCCGAUGACCCCGGAGGCGGAAGCCCGGCUGUCUCUACCCCAGUCAUCAGCACCGCAGACGACGCUACCCCCAAUAACACCAGCAAAACGACCCUCCCCAACCCCGAAGGCGACGCCCUACCCCUAAUCCGCUCCCUCCACCAGCGCCUUUGCACCGCGCCCCCGCCAUCCCCCUCACCACCAACAACAAUAACAACAACCUCCUCUUUCAAGUCCAAAAUGUCCAACCUCAAAAAAACGGUUGUUACCUUUGCAAAGUUUGUCGGCCCAGGGUUCAUGGUUGCUGUUGCUUAUAUCGACCCAGGCAACUACGCAACCGACAUCGCAGCCGGCUCCUCCUACCAGUUCAAGCUCCUCUUCAUCGUCUUGCUCAGCAACAUCUUUGCCAUAUUCCUCCAAGCCCUCUCCAUCAAACUCGGCACCGUCUCCGGCCUCAACCUAGCCGAGGCCUGCCGGGCCUUUUUGCCGUGGUGGUUAAACAUACCCCUCUACCUCCUCGCCGAAGGCGCAAUCAUUGCCACCGACAUCGCCGAGGUUAUCGGGACAGCUAUAGCGAUCAAUUUAUUGAUUCCGCAAAUCCCCCUCGUGGCGGGGUGUGCGCUUAGCAUAACAGAGGUGUUGCUUAUACUGAUUUGGUACGCACCGGAAAAGGGGAUGAGGGGGCUGAGAACGUUUGAGUAUUUCGUCGUGGGGUUGGUGGUGGCAGUGGUGGUGUGUUUUUGUUUGCAGUUGGGAAUGGUCAAGGGGGUGGAGGUGGGGGAGGUGUUCAGGGGGUAUGUACCGUCAAGGGAGCUGGUGGAGAGGAGGGCGAUGUAUCAGGCUUGUGGGAUCUUGGGGGCGACGGUGAUGCCGCAUAGUUUGUAUUUGGGGAGUGGGGUUGUGCAGGCUAGGUUGUGGGAGUUUGACAAGAGGAUGGGGUUGGUGCCGGCAACGGGGGAGGGGGAAAGGGAAGAGGAGGAGGGGUUGAAGGGGUAUAUACCCAGCCUUGAGGCGAUUCGACACUCGAUGAAGUACUCUGUUGCGGAGCUGGCGCUGGCAUUGUUUAGUUUUGCGCUUUUUGUGAAUAGCGCUAUUUUGAUUGUGGCUGGGGCGGCGUUGUAUGGGGAGGCGGUGGAUGCGGAUUUGUUUGGGAUACACGAUUUGUUGUCUAGGAGCAUCGCGCCGGUGGCGGGGACGGUUUUCGCGUUGGCGUUAUUGUUUUCGGGGGUGAGUGCCGGGAUCGUUUGUACUAUAGCUGGGCAGAUGGUUAGCGAGGGGGCGUUGAGGUGGAGGAUGAGGCCUUGGUUGAGGAGGUUGGUGACGAGGGGGAUCAGUGUUGUGCCUAGUAUUGUCAUCGCGGCGGCGGUGGGGAGGGAGGGGUUGGAUGCUGCGUUGAAUGGGAGCCAGGUGGCGCUGAGUGUUGUUUUGCCUUUUAUUACGGCGCCGUUGAUUUAUUUUACGGGGAGGGAUAGGUAUAUGAUGGUCAGGCCGGGGAUGGCGAGGUUUGGGGGGCAUUUUGGGGGGGAGGUUGCUGGGGAGGGGGAGGAGGAGGAGGAGGGGGUUAAGGGCCGGCUGAGGAGGUUCUUGAGGAGGGGAGGUGGGCAGGGGGAGGGGGGGGUGGUGAGGAUGGGGAAUAGUUGGUGGAUCACGGGGUUUGGGGUGUUGGUUUGGUUGAUUAUUACGGUGAUGAAUGUGGCGAAUUUGGUGUUGCUUGGGAAGGAUGAUGGGGAAUAGAUCGGGGGUUAGAGGGGUUUAGACGUGGUCGCUUUUGAUGGAGGGGUGCAUUUGAGAGGUGUAUCAUUGGGUGGGUUGUUUGAAUGUUGUUUAUUCACGCUUCAACGUGUUGGCAUACAAGGAUACCGGAAGCUCAGGAGUUCCUUCUCGUUUUCAUCAUCGAAUACUUCCUUGACUCAUAAACAAGCAUAAAACUUUUCCAUUUUUCACCACAGCUCAGUUAUCAUCCUGCUUCUUCUUCUCCGGAGCCAAGUUUUUCACCGCUGCGAGCUCAGCAUACUCCUUUGCGUCUUGGUUCACCUCUUUCCUCCAUUCCACCAACGUCUUUGGCACCUCCUCUGCCAGAUUAUACUCUGCCACCUUUGGCUCCCCAAGCACAGUGUACACCGGCACCGUCCCAACCCACACCUUCUCCCUCACCUCCUCAUUCUCCAAAUCACCCUUGUCAUCUUUCGGCGGCCCCGUCCUCACCUUGGCGCUGCCGGUAUCAAUCUUGACUUUCAUCACCGCCGUGGCAGCCAUCUCGCCGGCCGUCGGCGGUGUCCGGGCCUCGUUCCACCGGUUUGGAACCACCUUAUUCGUGAUGAGCUCCAUUGCGUAAAGCUUCUCUGCCGGGUCUGUCACGACGGUGGCGUGUCCGAACAGGACGGCGGAGCGGAAGUUGUACCCGUGGGAGAAGGGGGUGAGGGAGAGGAGGAGGCCGUCGACUGUGGAGGCGGAGACGGUGAUGGGGAGGCCCGAGGGUGUGCGGGUGAGGUUGGUGAGGCGGGCCGAGAUGUAGCCGUGGAUGUAGAGGUCUAGGACGUCACCUAGGUCGGCUGAGGGGCGGUCGAAGGAGCCCAUUUGGCCGAUCAUGGGAAUUGUGGCUGGGUAGGGGGUGUUGGGGGUGUUGAAGGAGAUGUGGAGGAGGGGGGUGGAGUUGAUUAUGGAGUGGAUUGUUCGGAGGGAGUAUUCAGCUGGGGGGAUGGUUAGUUUGUUGGUGUUGGUUGGAGGGGAAAAAAAAAAAAAAAAGGGGGGGGGACUGACCUAGGUGGUUGUAGCGCUUCACGGUGUUGUGAGCUUCUUUUGGAUAUUCGAGGUCUUGACGAGGCAUGUUGGCGGUGGUGUGAGGGACCUUGAGGGAGGCGAGGGGUUGUGAGAUGAUUGGGAUGGGUAUAAACAGGCUCGUGAGUAGGAGAGGAUGACGAGAGUCUUAUACGUGAUCCUAAUGCUUAUGAGACAGACGUGUGGUUACAAUGAGUCAGGGAAUACAGUCAUUUAUCCCCGUCGGUGUUGGUGAUGUGUAGAUGUGAUACGAGAUUUGUUGGUCUGAUGCCAACUCGGUUACCUCGAGACUAAC